AUUUUUUUUGUUUAUUUGCUUUUUUCUUGUGGUUUUUCUCUUUUGUUCUGAUUUUAUUUUCACAACAUGACUAAUAUGGUAACAUAUUUAAAAUGAUUGUAGAUGUAUAACCUAUAUUGGAUUGCUUGCUGCCUUGGGGAGAGGGGGUAAGGAGGAAGGGAGGGAGAAAAGAAAAUCUGAAACUCAAAAUCUUACAGAAAGGAAUGUUGAAAACUAUCUUCACAUGCAAUUGGAAAAAAAUAAAAUACUAUUGAAUAAAAAGAUUGAAUACACCCACAAUUUUCUCAACAGACCAAUAUCACCCAAUGCUGAAGCCACUGGCCUUAUACCUCAGGUUGCACUCAGUCCCUCUCUAAUCAAAUUUACAAAUGAAGAAGAGAUUUUGAAUGCAAUUAGGCAUCUUUUAAAAGGCAAAGUACCUGAUGCUGAUUCUAUUCCAGAUGAGAUUUUUACAAGACAGAUGUUCUACUGCUCAUACAAGAACUUAAUAAAAUCUUGGGGUUAUAUGGCAAGAGGAGAGUCUCUCCCAGGAGUUCAAGGAUGCUCCAUUGUCCAUUUCUAUAAAGGAAGAGGAAAUCUGUGACAAUCACAAGGGUUUUUUUCUUAGUGUCAUCAAAAUUCUUACUGGAGUCCUUCUUAAUCAGCAGAUCCUUGACCUAGAAGAUGGUCAUCUAUCUGAGAGUCAGUGUGGCUUUAGAAAGUGGCCAAGAAAUGGUUGUCAUGAUGUUUGUUGCUUGACAAUGACAGAAGAAAUUCUAGGAGUAGAAUAGAGAUCUAUACACAAUGUUCAUUAUCUGACCAAGAUCUUUGAUACAAUCAGUCAUGUGGGCUUAUGGAAGAGCACAGUGAAAUUUGGUUGCCCAGAAAAGUUCAUCAGUAUCAUACUCCAUUUUCAUGAUUCUUGCACAGGUCCUGAAUAAUGGACAAUGUUCUCAUACUUUCCCAAUUACCAAAGAAGUAAAGCAGGGUGUGUGCUUGCUUCCACACUUUUUAGCAUGAUGUUUUCUGAUGUUGUCAGAUGCCUUCAAUAAAGAUGAAAAUAUCAUUAAGAUCAGUUCCCACACUGACAGUAAACUAUUUAACUUAAAAAGGUUUUAAACCAAAACUAAAGUAGAAGGAGAAUUGAUGCACAGCUUUUUGUUUGAAGCUGAUUACAUACUCAAAGAUACAAGAGUAUAGACUGAUUUUCUGCCACUUGUGCUAAUUUUGGAUGACAAUUAACAUUAAGAAAACAUUCUCCACCAACCAGCGAGAGACAAAAAACAAGGGCUUUUAAUGUCACUGGAUCACAAAGUAUUCAAGAGUUUGUAGGAAUAAGACUGGAAAGGUAGGAAGUAGCCAGGUUCUGAAGGGCUUUAAAAGUCACAUAGUAUGCUUAAAACUAUCAUAGUUCCAUAUUGCUCUCCAGAACAGUUAGAUCAGUUCACAACUCCACCAACAAUGCAUUCGUGUCCCAGUUUUGUCACAUCCCCUCCAACAUUUAUCAUUAUCUUUUCCUAUCAUCUUGGGUGUGUAGUGGUACCUCAGAGUUGUCUUAAUUUGCAUUUUUCUGAUCAAUAGUGAUUUAGAACAUUUUGAAGCCUUUUUAAUUUUCAGAAGGUAUGCAUGGAUAAUUUUUCAACAUUAACCCUUCAAAACCCUGUGUUCCAAUUCCCCCCUUCUCCCCACCUCAAUUCCUAGAUCGCAAGUAAUCCAAUAUAUGUUAAACAUGGUAAAAAUGUUAAGUCCUACAUAAUGCACAUGUUUAUACAAUUAAGAAAAAUCACAAUCAAAAAGGAAAAAAAUUAGAAAGAAAACCAAAUGCAAGCAAACAACAAAAAGGGUGAGAAUGCUAUGUUGUAAUCUACACUCAGUUCCCACAAUCCUCUCUCUGGGUGUAGAUGGCACUCUCCAUCACAAGGUCAUUGGAACUGGUCUGAAUCAUCUCAUUGGUUAGAAGAUGGCAACCGAAUAGUGAUGAAGCAGAAGGUGCCCAUACACUGCAGUCACAACCCUGCCUACAGGUGACCCAGGUCAAAAGAUCGUCUUCUCAGUGGACUGAAAAAACAGUGGACUCUGGCAGCCUUCUGGGGGUUUGAGCAGCCUUUUUGGGUGCUGCACUGCUCACCUCCUGGGGUGCCCUAAAAUUGUCUGCUUUACGGAACCCUGCUCACCAUAGCAGCCUGGGACCCCAUCCUGUGGCCAAAACACCGACACAUUUGUUCAAAAACAAUGUGAGCACGCUUAUGAACAACUUGAAAUCCCGUAGACCUGAAAGACAAACACCUUGGGUUGCAAGAGAACUCAGAAGGGCAUCCCUUCCAAACAGCAGCCCCCGGUGAAACCACACAGGCAAAUGUAAGCCGGAUUAGUGAUACACAUUUUCUGGGAUGGCUUCGAUGAAGCUGCUGUUGGUUUUGCAGUCAAAAUGAAUCCAGUCAACAAGGUUAUAUGCUCCCAAAAGGAGUGAAUGACGGGCUCGUGACAGCGUGAUGGCCACUUAAGGGAAACCGCCAGGCCACUCUCAAGCGCCUAUGCUUCCACCACCCUGAAGCGGCCAGAAAAAACAUUUAUUUAAACCCUCAUCAUCAAUGCGCCCAAAGAGGAGAAGCUUGUAGUUCUGGGUGGCUUUAGGACCGCGGACAUGGCAGGAAGCCCUUGGAAACAGAGUUGGAUGGAGUGGGAAGCGUCACGGUCAGCGCCCCUUACUACUCUUGUGUCUUGGGACCGCACCAACGUUGUCUUCCCCCCACCUAAGCACAACAAAGCCUUCUGAAUGCGUCCUCACAGCCAGAAAUUUAAAAAAAAAAAAAAAAAGGCAUUUGUUGGACUAUAUCCUUGCAUGGAUUAGAGACAGCCGGCAAAGGCGAGGCGCGGGGCAGCACGCUGCCCAGGUCCUGGCCGUCUCCUCUCCAAACUCAACAUUGGCCCGCCACAGAGCGCCGGCCUGACAGGAUGUGUCUGAAGACCCGGCCCCACGGAUGAGAGUGCGGAGGAUGUCACAGGCUGGGAGGCGGCGCCGCAUUUACCAAACUGGACCAGAACACUCAGAAACAUCGGGACUAGUUUGAAGAAAAUGACAGGCAAUUUCAGAAGCCCGGCCCGGCGCCUGGGCAAGAAGGAUCCGGGCAUCGGUACGGGCACCAAUGCCUCCCUGGGAUUCUGGAGAGCCACGGCCUCCCGCCAGGGGGCGCUCUCGCACAGCCCAGGGGCCCAGCCCGCCCAGGAAGGUCCGCCGCCUGAGGCUGGGCAGUAGGAGCCGCCCUAAGGGCAGCCCCAGGUCUCCAGGCUCCCGCGAUCGGCGGUUUCCCGGGCAACUCGGGUUCCGCCCUACCUCAACCUCCCGGACUAUGCUAGUAGCGCUCUUUUCCUCCCCUCCCCACACCAGCUAGGGUAAGGCGGGAGGUAUUAAAGGUUGCACCAGGGUUCAAGGACUGAAGAGUCCAGGAGGUCCAGAACGGGCCCUUUAAGAGCUAAGCAAUGUGGGGGCGGGGCCGCCCCGCCUCCCGAGGGCAGGCAUGCGCAGGAGCGCUCUCCCGCGGCGCCGGCCCGGUCCCUCUCUGCCCCCGCCCCUUCCUGAGCCCUUGGUUCCUUAGAAACGGCCGCAGUCCCGGCCACGCGCGAAGCUGCCGCCGUCUCCCAGCGCGCCCUCGCCCUCGCUCGCUCCUUCCCUGUGCCGUUCGGUCCCGCAGCCCACGUCCUCGCGCUCCGAGCUCCAGGUGCCGUCGGGCCCCGCGCUGGGCCGUACCUGGCCCCAGGACUCCCGGCGCGGCCUGAGGAGAGGAUGCCGGCAGGCUCGGGCCGCACCUCAAUGGGCCCCGCGCGCCAGGAGCCAUCCUCAGUCUGUGAGCAUGACGAAUGAGGCCCUAAUGAAGAGAUGAAUUGGUGAAACCAGGAUGAAGCUGCUGCCAGGAGUUGGGGUCUUUGGGACUGGCAGCUCAGCUCGGGUUCUGGUCCCAUUGUUAAGAGCUGAAGGCUUCACCAUUGAGGCACUGUGGGGCCGGACAGAAGAGGAGGCAAAGCAACUCGCUGAAGAGAUGAGCAUUUCCUUCUACACCAGUCGGACAGAUGAUGUCUUGCUACACCAGGACGUAGAUCUGGUUUGCAUCAACAUCCCUCCUCCACUUACUCGGCAAAUAGCUGUGAAAGCUCUAGGUAUUGGAAAGAAUGUGAUCUGUGAAAAAGCCGCCACCUCGGUAGAUGCCUUCAAGAUGGUGACGGCCGCUCGCUACUACCCCAGACUCAUGAGCCUGGUGGGGAACGUCCUUCGAUUCCUACCGGCCUUCAUCCGGAUGAAGCAGCUGAUUGAAGAGCAUUAUAUCGGCAACGUGCUGAUCUGUGAUGUGCGUGUGUACUGGGGCAGCCUCCUCAGCCACAAGUACAACUGGAUCUGUGAUGAGCACAUGGGGGGCGGUGGUCUGCACACCAUGGGCACCUAUAUUGUGGACCUCCUCACCCACCUGACUGGGAGGAAGGCUGAGAAGGUGCACGGUUUUCUGAAGACAUUUGUGAAACAGAAUGCCGAGAUCAGUGGCAUCCGGCACGUCACCAGCGAUGACUUCUGCUUUUUCCAGAUGCUCAUGAAUGGGGGUGUUUGUAGCACAGUGACUCUCAACUUCAACAUGCCGGGUUCCUUCGUGCAUGAAGUCAUGAUUGUGGGGUCUGCCGGGCGCCUCAUAGCCCGAGGAUCCGACCUCUAUGGACAGAAGAGCACCGCCCUCCAGGAGGAGCAGCUGCUGAUGGAUUCUUUGACAAUCAAUGCAGGGCUUCUAGAAAAGGGGUUUAAAGACAUUCCCUUGUUGUACCUGAAAGGCAUGGUGUACAUGGUGCAGGCUUUGCGCCAGUCAUUUCAGGAACAAGAUGACCAUCGCACCUGGGAUUUUAAGCCAGUCUCCAUGGCAGCCUCCUUUGAGGAUGGGCUUUACAUGCAGAGUGUGGUGGAUGCCAUAAAGAAGUCCAGCAGGUCUGGGGAGUGGGAGACGGUGGAAAUCAUGACUGAGGAGCCAGAUGCCAAUCAGAACCUUUGUGAGGCACUGCAAAGAAAUAACGUCUGAGCUGGCUACUGGCCACUUAGGUGGCAGCAUGGGGUAGGGGAUGUCUUGGGCUCUGGCCUUCUUUAGGGAAGACACAUGGGUUUGUAUUUAUGUCAGGUUAUCAUAUGUCUAGGUAGAAAACUGAGGUGACCAAGGAAAAGGCAGAGUGAUUUUUCCUCAGGAGGUUUAGGGUUCCCAUUGCUGUUGGAUCAGAUUGUUAGCAAAAGUUGAAUUUUUCUUUGCACUUCCAGAAAAGGACAGAGCUGUCAUCCCAUGUCCAAGGUCAGAAAAAGUGACACCUUUAAUAGGAUAGAAAAGCCUACACUGAGCAGCCAGCUCCAUGGCCUCAGCUUCUAGGGAAAUCACUCUAGGCUUUCAAAUCAGUAUAGAACUGAACUGAUGGCAAGGUUCCAUUUCCCAUUCCCUUACUGGGCAAGGGCAUUUCCAUCAGAACAUCAGGUCUCAUCCCUGACUCCUCCUCUCUGACUUCCCUUACUUUGUUUACAGAAGGGCAGGUUGUGGAGAAAGGACUCUCUUCUCUGUUGAUUUAUGGACUCUAACUGGAAGAUAAGAUAGAGAAUAUGGGAUCACUUUUCCACAUACUACCCAGAGUCUAAAUCCUGGAAGAGAAGGGGAAAAUCCCUGUUGUUAAGAAUUCCUUAGUGGGGACUAAACUUUAGAACAAAAGUUUGGUGAGUAUAUCAGUUGUGAUAACAAAGAGAAGAAAGGAUUAAAGCACCUGAAAAAAAAAAUCUAAAAUAAAUUAAUCAGAAGAUCUGA